GCCAAACAGCUGUUUAUAGUAAACAAAUUGUGUUUGAUGCCGCGUCUAGUUUUUCGGCUAAAUAUAUUUGGUGAAACUUUAAAAAGAUAAUUCAUAAAUUUAAAAAUGGAUGGAAAUGCGUUUUUGAUUGAAGAGCUUUCUAGCAAUGAUGUAAGCGAAUCGGAAUUGUCAGAAUUCAAAGAAACGCAACCAUUAAAGGUACUAGACAUCAUAGCACCUGAUGAUUGUAAACCGACGAGUAGCACAAAUAUUUGUGGGAGUGGAAGUGGGAGUGAUGCGGUUCCUUUAAGAAAACAUAGUGAAAGUUCAACUGUAAUAGGUGGAGAAGGUGAAGCAGCUCUGAUAAAGCGUUUUGUGAGUGGCGAAGUAGAAUUUCCCGACUGUUACACAAAACUUGAGCCAGGCGAAGAAGAAGAAUAUGAUGUCGAUAAAUUCGAACUGGAAGCGCAAGAGCAACAGAAGUAUAUUACUGAUGUGGAACAAUCUACAUCCCCACAAGCGUCUGCAAAACGUGACAAUGAUUACGCUGUUAUGGAACACAAAACAGUGGAUACCGAUUUAAGUGAACCAAAUUGGCGCAGUAGAACAGAAAGUAUCGGUAGCAGUACCGGACCUAGCACACCCAGGCGGCGUACUGUACUCAAUGCAGCGCUACAGGGUCUAAUGGGUGAAGCCAAUUUAAGUUUUGCACGUGGCCAAAUUGAUAUCGCAGAAAAAAUAUGCUUGGAAAUUAUACGACAGAAUCCAUUAGCACCAGAGCCAUUUUUUACGCUGGCAGAAAUCUAUGAAACACGCAAUACUGAAAAACAUUUGUAUUUUUUAACACUUGCGGCACAUUUGAAUCCACAUGAUCGUGAUCUAUGGAUACGAAUAUCGGAAUUGCAUAUUGCACAGGGAAAUUUACAACGUGCGCGUAUAUUUUACACCAAAGCAAUAAAAGCAAUGCCCAGAGACUACGAUUUGCGUUUGCGUAAAGCACGUUUGCUGGAAUUGAUGAAUGAAACACAAAGAGCUAUGUUGACAUAUUUAAAGAUGUUACCACACGUACCACGCUCUGAAUCGGAGCUUUGUCUGACGACAGCCAAAAAUGUUGCACAUCAUUUUCAUGGUAUUUCCAAACACGCCAUUGCGCUUGAAGCUAUGGAAAGCGCUUAUCAAAUUUGUGGUGAUCGUUUUACACUAGAAGAUCUAAAUCUGUACAUGGAUCUACUCAUUUUCAACAAGGGAUAUGCAAAAGUCUUACGUUGUUUACGCGCGCGAACCUCACUCGAAUUGGAAACGGAGCAAGAAAGAAAUUUAGAACUGAUUUUCUUUUGUGUCAUACCGGAUGAUUUUGUACCCGAUUUUCGUGCAAAACUAUGUGUAAGUCUAAUACACUUGCAUGCACAUCAUUUGCUCGGUUAUCUUAUACAAAAUGUACACGAGCACAUUCCCUUGACAGAUGAUCGCUUAGAUUUAUAUAUUGACAUUGCGGAGGCGCUAAUGCAAGAGCACAAAUAUGCAGAAGCUAUAGAAUUGCUACGCCCAAUAACAGAUGGCGAUACGAUUGAGUGUCCAGCUUUUGUUUGGCUACGUCAAGCCGAAUGUUUGCGUAAUUUGAACCGCACCAAUGAGGCAAUAGAAAGUUAUACACGUGUUGUGGAGUUGGCACCAUUUUGCUAUGAGGCUAAGUUCACAUUAUCGGCGCUACUCAAGCAACAGGGACGUCACUUGGAAGCGGUGAAAGCGCUUGAACAAUCGGGUGAAUGCGAUGGCCAACCACUAAAUGCACGUUUGCUUUAUGAACGUUGUGUAAUGUUGCAGCAAAUCGGUGAGAUUGACGAAUUCCUCGAAGUCGGCUAUGUGCUCUUGGCGCGACAUUCAAUAAAAUUGCGCAAUCGUGAUGAAAUGUUCGCUGCGGCGAAUGGUGGCAGUUUUUAUAAUGCAGAGGGUCUCAAGGUUAUAUUGCAAAUGCGAAAUAUCACAGAGGAUACGGACAAGGCAUUGCAGGAAUAUCUUAAAAUACCACAGGAGAAUUCCGAUCUCACUAUACAAGAUGAAUUUCGACUAUUCCUCGAGUUGAUACGUGUCGCCUACGAACAACGUAAAUUCAGUUGCAUUGAACGUAUCUGCUUUGGCAUGGUGACCACAAAGCGUUUCACCGCCUACCAUAUCGAAUUGGAACGUAUCAUAAUACUCGCCUGUUACUUCAAUGACAAUUGCGCCAUUGCGUUCUCCUAUUUGCGUGAGUUGAUUUCGAAGAGUCCACAUAAUAUCGCGCUAUGGAAUUUACUUUCAUUGCUGGUGCAAAAGGGUCAAGAUUUACGUUAUCAUCGUUAUGUGCGGCGUCUCGUACAGCGUCAUCCCACGGAACGUCAAUUGCGUAUUUUCUUAGCUCACUAUCAUCUAUUUUGUUGCUCGUACAAAUAUGCAUUAAAUAUUUAUGUGCCUCUGUUUAAAGAACAGCAAACACCGAUACUUGCGUUCUGCAUUGCCGUGAUCUUUAAUCAAUUGUCAUUGCAACGUAAAGUAUUACGUAAAACUGCUGCCGUUGCACAGUCUAUUGCUUUUGCCCAAAAGUAUGCUACACUGCGUGCUGGCGUUGAAUGGAAGGUUGGCUCUACAAUCGUCGGCACUGUAGCUGAAGCACCAUCAUCGCAAAAAGAAACAAAUGUUAGCUGCAGUGCUGUUGAACAAGAAAUUUGUUAUAAUUUUGGGCGCAUUUAUCAACAGGCUGGCCUAGUGCACCUAGCCGUCGAGUAUUACGAGCGAGGUUUGGCCGCUCAACAUCCUUUGAUUGAUGAGCAUGAAGAGUAUUUGGGUUUGCGGCAAGAAAUUGCCUACAAUCUACAUCUGAUCUAUAAGGCAGCGGGGAAUUUACGCAAAGCGCGACAAUAUCUCUAUGAGUAUUGUGUUGUAUGAACUGUGUAAGAAAUAUGCAUUAAAUUUGGGAAUGUGGAUAAGCAAAUCACAGUAUUCACAAGGCAUACUAGCUAAAUUUCAAUUGUUUAAAUUCUUAAAUGCAUGAGUAUAUGUGUAACUGCUUCCAGAAAGUUAUUAAAAAUAUCAUAGCAGAUUCUCGAUUGAAUUUAGCUGCGUUGCCUCGGUGAUAAUAUGUGUAAGUAUAUUCAAAGCGUUGACAAUAAAAAAUUUUCAAUUAUUUUCAACAAUUUGUAACCCAGUUUUGAAGAUUGCUUGACAUAUACUAAAUUAAGAAAAACUUGCUUAAAAAUAUAUUUCCGAUAUGUGAAUAAAUUGUGUAUACAUAUUUUGAAAUUGUGGCAAAGCAAUGUACAUACAUAUGUAUAUAUCGCUCAUUUGCUGCAAGACCGGCAUAAGUCAAAAAAAUCGAUUCGCCAGAAAACGCGUUUAAAGUUUUCAACUUACUACAACCUUACACGGUGACUCCAACCUUACACCUCUUCUCAAGCGGAGCAUAUAAGAGGUAUUCAUAUGAAUUUUUCACUCAACAUGAAGUAUGAUAUAACGAACCAUUCUGCAGCAUUAACUCCAAAAUCACGUUUUUUGAAUUAUGCCGGUCUUGCAGCAAAUGAGCGAUAUGUACAUAUGUAUAUACUUUUCAGUAGUUGUAGCUAUAAGAAUCUAAUUGUGGUUCUAAGAAUACAAAGGAUUCUACCGUAUUACCAAACAGGAUAUGAAAUAUAAUUUUUUAUGAAUACAUAAACUUAACUAACCAAUUUUAAUAAAAAAA